GGAACAGCACGUUUCAAGAGACACUGCUAUUCGCAUCAUUUUUUUAUCUUACUUCAUUUUAUAAUUACAAUUGGAAGCAAUUUUUUUUCGCACCUCCCGGCCAGCAGGUGGCACUAAGACGCCACAAACUGUAAACCUCAAAGGAGAAGAAGAAUGGAGUUAGCUGCUAGCUGUUGUUAGCAGAGCUCCAGGACAACGCGGCCUGCAGAACCGGGGAACCGUGAGUGGUUCUGACCGCUCUGAGGACCUUGUUGAGGAGCCGGUUAGAUCAGAACCAGUCGGUCCAAAAGAAGCAAAUGGUAAAACCAUAAAAGUUCGGCUGAAUCUGUAUCAGACCGAAGGUAAGCCCAUGGAGACCCUCAAUGAGACCCCCGCUGUGUUGCAGCCCCGUUGGAAGCGGGUCCUAGGCUGGACCGGCCCGGUUCCGCGACCCCGGCACGGACACCGAGCCGUGUCCAUCAAGGAGCUGAUGGUUGUGUUCGGAGGGGGAAACGAGGGAAUCGUGGACGAGCUCCACGUCUAUAACACAGCCACCAACCAGUGGUUCAUCCCGGCGGUGCGCGGCGACAUCCCUCCUGGCUGCGCCGCCUACGGCUUCGUGUGCGACGGGACGCGGCUGCUGGUGUUCGGAGGGAUGGUGGAGUAUGGCAAGUACAGCAACGAGCUGUAUGAGCUGCAGGCCAGCCGCUGGGAGUGGAAACGUCUGAAGGCCAAACCCCCGAAGAAAGGGCCGCCCCCCUGCCCGCGACUCGGACACAGCUUCUCUCUGAUUGGCUCCCGCUGCUUCCUGUUCGGCGGCCUGGCCAAUGACAGCGAGGAUCCUAAGAACAACAUUCCCAGGUACCUGAACGACCUGUACUGCCUGGAGCUGCGACCCGGUUCCACGGUGGUCAGCUGGGAGAUCCCGCCCACUUCGGGCCCGGCACCGCCGCCCAGGGAGAGUCACACGGCAGUGAUGGCGAGCAGGGGCGGAGUCAGCCGACUCAUCAUCUACGGCGGGAUGAACGGCUGCCGGCUGGGCGACCUGUGGAUCCUGGACGUAGACUCUCUGGUGUGGAGCCAACCAGCUCUCAGCGGGACGCCGCCCCUCCCCCGCAGCCUGCACUCUGCCACCGUCAUCAACCACAAGAUGUACGUGUUCGGAGGAUGGGUCCCUCUCAUCGAGGACGACGUCAAGAUGGGGACCCAUGAGAAGGAGUGGAAGUGCACCAACAACCUGGCCUGCCUCAACCUGGAGACGAUGUGCUGGGAGACGGUUCUGAUGGACGGUGAUGAGGAGAACCUUCCCAGAGCGCGGGCCGGCCACUGCAGCGUCGCCAUCAACUCCCGCCUCUACAUCUGGAGCGGCCGCGACGGAUACCGCAAGGCCUGGAACAACCAGGUGUGCUGCAAGGACCUGUGGUACCUGGAGACAGAGUGUCCCGUGGCGCCGUCCCGGGUCCAGCUGGUCCGGGCCAACACCUCGUCCCUGGAGGUGAGCUGGGGUCCGUCCAAAACCGCCGACACCUACCUGCUGCAGCUGCAGAGGUACGACAUCCCCGCCACACCCGCUGCCGCAGCACCCGCCAGCCAUGCUGUCCCACCGCCCGGAAGCCCGUCAGCUGCAGCGGUCCUGAAGAUGGCGACGGCGCCCGGUGCAGCCAUGGCGACGCUUUGUGCAGGUGUUCGCCUGUCGCCGCCUGCCCAGCCCGGUCAGACGCCAAUCAGCAGCAGCCCCCAGAUGAGCGGCAUGGCGGCCCUGGCGGCGGCGGCGGCGGUGACGCAGAAGAUCCCUCCGUCCUCGGCGGCCGUCCUCGGCGCCGUGAAGACUGUCAACAACCCGGCCACGCGUCUGUUGAAGACGGCCGCCGCUCAGGUGGGCGGGGCUUCGGUAGUCCCCGCCCCCACGGCGCAGAGCCGGCCAAUCAUCACCGUGCAUAAGUCCGGCUCACUGAUGGUCUCCCAGCAACCGCAGGUGGUCACCACUGUGGUGGGCGGAGUCACGAAGACCAUCACCAUCGUCAACAGCCCCAUUAGCCUGGGAGGAGGUGGGGCUUUGAUUGGUAACCUUGGCAACCUCGGGAAGAUGGUGUCCGUGGUCCAAACCCGACCGGUCCAGAGCGCAGUGGUUACUGGUCAGGCUGGGAGCAGCCCAGUCACUCAGAUCCUUCAGACGAAGGGCGUACUUCCUGCGGGAACCAUCCUGAAGCUAGUGAGCGCCGCGGACGGGAAGCAGACCGCCAUCAUCAGCACGGCGCAGGCCGGCUCCAACAAACCCACCAUCAUCAAGACCAUCCCGCUGUCGGCUCUGCAGGGAGCAGCAGGUGGAAACAGUCCAAUCACCAUCCUGAGCUCCAAGGUGGGAACUCCAGGAACGGAGAAGUUGAUCAACGCCGUCCCCAGGAUGUCCGCAGGCCAGCAGGUCACACAGGUGGUGCUGAAAGGAGCCCCCGGGGUGGCCGGUACCAUCCUCAGAACCGUACCAAUGAGCGGAAUCAGGCUGGUGUCUCCGGCCGCCGCUGGCACCAAGCUGGUUGUCAAGGGAACCACAGGCGUCUCCAGCCUGGGGACGGGAACAGGAAAAGUCUCUGCCGCCUUGUUGGGAGGAGCCUCGCUGACCACACCCACCGCCUCAUUGGCCAGCCAGGUUGCCACAGCAACCGCCUCCGGACCUAGACAGGUGACUCUGAUCACGACACCCAGCGGCGCCGAGCCGCAGCCGCUGGUCCAGGACCUGCCGGUCUCCUUCAUGGCCUCCCCGACCUCAGAGGAACCUGGCAGCACCACAGGUACCACUACCACCACUAACGCCGAGGGAGACGCAGCCACAGCGGUGACUCUGGUCUGCUCCAACCCCCCCUGUGAGACCCAUGAGACCGGAACCACCAACACCUUCACCACCGCUGGGGCCGGCGGAGUCCAACAGGUGUGCUCCAACCCCCCCUGUGAGACUCAUGAGACCGGAACCACCAACACCGCCACCACCGCUACAGCUCAGCAGAGUGGAGACGGUCUCCAUGGAGAUGCCACAGAUUCUGCCCCCUCGUCUGAUGCUGCAGUCAGUCAGAGUGCAGCGGUUACCACAGUAACGCAUGCCACGCCCACACCGGGUCCGUCUGUCCCGGAUCUCUCUUCAUUGGUUGGUGCUGAGAGGGCGGAGUCCUCUGAAACCCUCGCCAUGGCAACAGGAGAAGAGGAGGAGCCAGCAAUGACAGACGGCCAAUCAGAGGGCAUGAUGUCAUCGGGAGUGUCGGAGCUGCAGGUUGAGAUGGCAUCCUCAGACGGAGGUCUUCCUCAGCAGCUGAUGUCAUCAGAGGGGGACGGAGGUGAGGAGAUCUCCAGGACGAUGACCUUCACGCUGACGACGGGACAGGUCCCAGACCAGAUGGCUGUUGCCUUGGCGACCGAGGGAGCAGCCAGGACCGUCGGUGAAUCAGGCGACCAGGCCAUCCGCAUCGUUCUGACACCACAGGAGCUGGCGGCGCUGGUCCAACAGCAGCAGGAACCAGUACCAGAACCCAAGGGGCUCGCCCCGGCCGACAGCCUGAACGACCCGACUGCAGAGAGCCACGCCUCCCAGCCGGCCGCCGCUGCCGCUGUCAUCAGCGCCGUCGCCCGGCUGGCCAGCACAUUCAGCCCCGCCCCUUUGGUGACGGAGACCAAGACCACGGCUGUCGCUAUGACGACGGAAACCACCAACGGCAUCAGAGAGCCGCCUCCUGAACCGACCUCUCGAAUGAAGUCGGCGCCGAAGGAGAACCCGUGGUUUGACGUCGGCAUCAUGAAGGUCACCAACGCCGUUGUGACUCAUUACUACGUUCCCUACGACAACGAUGACGACGCGGUGGAGGAUGACUCCGGGGCGGCGCCGGACUACAGCCAGAUGAGGAGGGUGGAGCUUCAGCCGGGAACCGCCUACAAGUUCCGGGUGGCAGGGAUCAACAUCUGCGGCCACGGCGCCUUCUCCGAGGUGGCGGCGUUCAAGACGUGCCUCCCCGGGUUCCCUGGAGCGCCGUGCGCCAUCAAGAUAAGCAAGAACCUGGGCGGGGCCCAGCUCACCUGGGAGCCGCCCGCCGUCACCGCGGGGAGCAUCACAGAGUACUCGGUGUACCUGGCCAUCCAGUCCAGCCAGGCCAAGCCGCCCGGUUCUGGCCCAGCCCAGCUGGCCUUCAUGAGGGUGUACUGUGGUUCCGACCCGUGCUGCCUGGUUCAGGCCUCCACCCUGGCCAACGCGCACAUCGACUACACCACCAAGCCGGCCGUCAUCUUCCGCAUCGCCGCCCGCAACCAGAAGGGCUACGGGCCGGCCACGCAGGUCCGAUGGCUGCAAGAAACCAGUAAAGACUCCAAGCCGGCGCCGAAGAGAAGUGGAGCUUCUCAGGGAAUGUAAGAACCGGCGCCGUAUCCCAGAAUCCCACCUGACACAAAGAUGGUUGCCAACAACUCAACCUGCUCCACCAGAACCUGAGCUCACAGAUACCGGACCUUGGUUCUGGUUUCAUCAAUCAGCUGAGACCAACGGCGGAUGGUGUCGAAGGUCCAAACCCGACCGGCAGCUGCUCCGGAGGUUCUGAAACUCCUCCGACUCAUUUCUACUUGGGUCCAGGUACAUCAGCGUCCAAUCAGACGGGCUGAUGGUUCUGAAGGUUUUGGAGCACCUCCAUCAUACUGUGAGGUUCUGGUCCAAACUCUGUUCUCCUUCAGAACCAACCCAACACAAUGUGAAGAGCCAGAACCGGCUCCCUCCCGGUCCGUUUCUGUUCCUGAUUUUAAACCAUGAAAACACCAGAACCAGAAUUUUCUUGAAUGUUGGACUGUUAGUUCAUCCGGAUCCGUUCAGAUCAGAACUGUCAAACUCCUGGCCCGAUGUGGGUGGAGCUUAAAGACAACAGGUGUGUUCAGGUGACGUCCCCUGGGUCAGAACUUUGCCUUUUCUUUGAGUUCUGGUGUUUAGUGGGCGGAGCCUGAGAUGAUUGAGAUGCCCUAAAGUGGGCGGGGUCUCGAAUGUGGGCGGGGCUCUGCUGUAAAUUAGAUUUUUUCUUAAGCUUUAAUAAAACAAGUUUUUGGUUUUCUUUCUGUUGACAGAGGGCUCUGAUUGGUCCGCUUGUGCUGAUGUUUAAUAUUCUCUGGAACAAUAAAGAUUUUUAGAGCAUUUUUA